CGGGCCGGGGGCACAGGGGCCACAGGGGCACAAGGGCAGCGCUGCUGAGUGUAAGAAGCCCCGGGGGCCCAGUCCACCCAGAGCCUCCGGUCCCGAUGGAGAUGGACGGCCGCCCCCCCUACGACGACUACCCCGUGGUCUUCCUGCCGCCCUACGAGAACCCCCCCGCCUGGAUCCCUCCCCACGAGAGGGUGUACCACCCGGAUUACAACAACGAGCUGACCCAAUUCCUGCCGAGGACCAUCCAGCUCCAGAAGCCGUCCGGAGCGCAGGUGAUCCCCGACUCGGACGCCCACCGGGCCGGCCUGCAGGAAGGCGACCAAGUCCUGGCCGUGAAUCACGUCGACUUCCAAGACAUCGAGCACGGCAAGGCGGUGGAGAUCCUGAAGACGGCCCGGGAGAUAAACAUGCAAGUCCGCUUCUUCCCGUACACUCCCCCCUGCAAACCCAGCUCCCUCCUGCAGAUCCAGCUGCUUCCUGCAGACCCAAGCGGUCAGGAACCCUCUGCUCCCCGAGAAACACCGGCUUGAACUUGCGCAGCGACGCCCCAAACUCGCCGACGCCAUGCCGGUUGCGGGAAUAACCAGGCCACCCCCGCGCGCUGCGUCACUUCCGCCCAUUUGACGUCACCCGCCCGGGCAUGACGUCACCGGGGAGCGCGCCCGAGGCGCAGCGCGCAGGCGCGGCCACGCCCACACGCCGUAGCACGCAGCGCCCACGCAGGUCACGCCCACCUACACCACGCCCACUCAGGCCACGCCCACUUACUUUGCCCACGCGGGUCACGCCCAUUCGCCUCGCGCCGCGCAGGCCACGCCCACUUACGUCACAGCACGUGCGUCACGCCCUUCUGCGCCACGCCCAUUCGUUCAUUGCA